AUGGCCCAAGAUCAGUUGCGCGUCCUCAUUGUUGGCAAUGGCGGCCGUGAGCAUGCUCUUGCUUGGAAGUUGAGCCAGUCGCCCCUCGUCGACAUUGUCUACGUCGCUCCCGGAAAUGGUGGUACUGGUAUGGGUGCUGACAAGAAGAUCGCCAAUGCCAACGUCAAGGGUGAUGACUACCCUGGAUUGGUGGCAUUCGCUCAGCAGAAUCAGGUCAACCUUGUUGUUCCUGGUCCUGAAGCCCCUCUUGUCGAUGGUAUCCAGGGUUACUUCCAGGCUGUUGGCAUCCGAUGCUUCGGUCCUUCCAAGGCUGCUGCUCGCAUGGAGGGCUCCAAGACUUUCUCCAAGGACUUCAUGCACCGCCACCAGAUUCCCACCGCUGCCUUCGGAAAUUUCAAGGACUACGAGUCCGCCCGCCAGUACCUCGACUGCGUUUCCCACAACGUCGUGAUCAAGGCCGAUGGUCUUGCCGGUGGUAAGGGUGUUGUCAUCCCCACUACUAAGGAGGAGGCGCACCAGGCGCUGAAGGAGAUGAUGGUGGACCAUCAGUUCGGCAGCGCGGGUGACGAGGUCGUCAUCGAGGAGUACCUGGAGGGUGAUGAGUUGAGCAUUCUCACUUUCAGUGAUGGCUACACCAUUCGCUCCCUCCCUCCUGCACAGGACCACAAGCGUAUCUUUGACGGGGACAAGGGUCCUAACACUGGUGGCAUGGGCUGCUAUGCUCCUACUCGUAUUGCUCCCAAGGAGGUGCGCGAUGAGAUCGACCGCACCAUCAUCCAACCCUCAAUUGAUGGUAUGCGUCGGGAUGGUAUGCCCUUCGUUGGCAUCCUGUUCACUGGUCUUAUGAUGACCAAGAACGGCCCCAAGGUUCUCGAGUACAAUGUCCGUGGUGGUGACCCCGAGACACAGACCCUGCUGCCUCUGUUGAGCGAGGAUACCGAUCUGGCUCAGAUCAUGGUUGCUUGUACCGAGCACUGGCUCGACGGUGUCACCGUUAAGGUCGAGGAGAAGUACUCGACCACCGUCGUCGCCGUCGCCGGUGGUUACCCUGGCUCCUACGCUAAGGGCAAGGUCAUCACUUUGGACCCUACCCCCGCGGGCUCUCUCAUCUUCCAUGCCGGUACCACUAUCUCCGGAGGCGAGCUUCAGACAAAUGGCGGCCGUGUCAUCGCUGCCACUGCGACUGCCUCGACUCUCGAGGAGGCCGUCUCCAAGAGCUACGAGGGCAUCGCCACCAUCCACUUCGAUGAUAUGUUCUUCCGCAAGGACAUUGCCCACCGUGCGUUCCGCCAAACUGCCGACACCUCGCUCACGUACGCCGCCGCUGGUGUCUCUAUCGACGCUGGAAAUGAGCUGGUCAACCGCAUUAAGAGCUCCGUCGCCCGCACCAAGCGCCCUGGUACUGACGCCGUCAUCGGUGGCUUCGGUGGUCUCUUCUCUCUGCCCGCCGCCAACUCCGUUUACCACCCUCACUCUCCCACCCUCAUCGGAGCCAUCGAUGGUGUAGGUACCAAGCUCAAGAUUGCUCACACUGUGGGCAUCCACGACACCGUUGGUGUUGACCUCGUCGCCAUGAACGUCAACGACCUCGUCGUCCAGGGUGCUGAGCCUCUCUUCUUCCUCGACUGCUACUCCUGCGGCCACCUCGACGUCCCCACAGCCACAGCCUUCGUCACCGGUGUCGCAGACGGCUGUGUCCAAGCAGGCUGUGCCCUGAUCGGUGGUGAAACCGCUGAGAUGCCCGGUCUAUUCAUCGAUGACACCUACGACGCCGUCGGUGCCGCCGUCGGCGCCAUCAACACUACCGGCCCCAACGCCCGCCCUAUCCUGCCCUACACCGACGCCAUGCUCCCCGGUGACGUCUUGCUGGCCCUCGGCUCCUCAGGCCCUCACUCAAACGGCUACUCGCUCGUUCGCAAGAUUGUCGACCGCGCCGGCCUGUCCUACACCGACAAGGCCCCCUUCACCGUCCCCGGCCUACCCGAGGACGUUUCCCUCGGCCGUGCUCUCCUCACCCCGACCCGCAUCUACGUCAAGUCCAUCUUGGCCGCUCUCGCCGCUCACCCCGCCGCUAUCAAGGGUCUCGCCCAUAUCACCGGUGGUGGUCUGGUCGAGAACGUCCCCCGUAUGCUGCCGAAGACUCUGUCCGCGCAUAUUGACGUCCGCACCUGGGCUCAGCCCUCCGUCUUCCAAUGGCUUCAGCGCGCUGGUAACGUCUCGGCUGCCGAGAUGGCUCGUGCCUUCAACUGCGGUGUUGGUAUGAUCAUCGCUGUCGACCCUGCUUCGGAGGCUGCUGUUCGUCAGAGCUUCGAGGCUGCGGGUGAGGCUGUUUACCGCAUUGGUGAGCUGCAGGCUCGUGCUGAGGAUGAGGGCUGUGUCCUCUCUGGUCUUGAGUCUUGGGCUUAG